UACGUGCUCUACUGCCCGUGCAUGGGCCGCUUUGGGAACCAGGCCGAGCACCUGCUGGGCGCGCUGGCCUUCGCGCGCGCCCUCAACCGCAGCCUGGCCGUGCCGCCCUGGAUCGAGUACCGCCACCAGCGCCCGCCCUACACCAACCUGCACGUGCCCUACGGCGAGUACUUCGAGCUGGAGCCGCUGCGGCGCUUCCACCGCGUGCUGAGCCUCGAGGAGUUCAUGGAGCGCCUGGCGCCCGCGCGCUGGCCCCCGGGCCGCCGCGUCGCCUACUGCUUCGAGGCGGCCGCGCAGCGCAGCGCCGACCGCUCCGCCUGCCCCAUGAAGGAUGGAAACCCCUUCGGUCCCUUCUGGGACCAGUUCAAAGUGGAUUUCGAUAAGUCUGAGCUCUUCAAGGGAAUUUCCUUCAGUGCCGCGUACAAGGACCAUUGGAUCCAAAGGUUUCCACCAUCUGAGCACCCUGUCCUCGCCUUACCUGGAGCUCCAGCCCAGUUCCCAGUCCUGGAGGAGCACCGGCCUCUGCAGAAGUACAUUGUGUGGUCUGACAAAAUGGUGAAGCAAGGAGAAGCCUAUAUCCACUCUCUCCUGCUUAGGCCCUACGUAGGAAUCCACCUGCGCAUCGGCUCGGACUGGAAAAAUGCUUGUAAUAUGUUAAAGGAUGGGACAGCUGGGCCUCACUUCAUGGCUUCUCCUCAGUGUGUGGGCUACGACCGAAACACGGCGGUGCCUCUUACCAUGGACAUGUGCCUGCCAGGCCUCAAGGAGAUCAAGCGCGCUCUCAAGCUCUGGGUGCAAAAGACAGAUGCUAAAUCUGUGUAUAUUGCUACUGAUUCUGAGCCCUACACCAAGGAAAUACAGCAGUUCUUCCAAGGAAAGAUCAAAGUUGUGAGCUUGCAGCCUGAGGUGGCCCAGAUUGACCUGUAUAUUCUCGGCCAGUCCGAUCACUUUAUUGGGAACUGUGUCUCUUCGUUCACUGCCUUUGUGAAGCGAGAGCGUGAUGUGCAUGGAAAACCCUCCUCCUUUUUUGGCAUGGACCACCCGCCGAGGUUACGGGAUGAAUUCUGACCCAAACUGAAAUGGGCUUGAUAGUUCUCAGAGCUC